AUGACAGAUGUUAACAGCCCGACAGUACCUGUUAACUCCAUACCCUUCGCAUUUUUUGUCUCCCUCGUCGAAGCCAUCGGCGCCAUCAAACCCCGCAAGACCUCGAGUACUGCUCCGCACUCCUCAGACACAACAUCUCCCGCUUUUCGAACAUUUCAAAACUGGGUAGCGGAGUUGCGUAGAAGAUAUGCACCAUUGCCUUAUGGCACCACGGCUGUCGUGUUCCGACUCCUCUUCCCAGAGGAGGACGUCCGCAGAAAAUAUGGAAUGCAGGAGACACGCCUUGGCCUGCAUCUCUCCAAUGUCCUAGCCCUCUCUAAUAUUACACACGGCCGCGGACGAAGACUCAUGCAUUGGAAUAGCCAAGGUGCUCUUGGUUGCCUCGGUGUCGAGGUGCGGGAUAUCAUGAGUGAGAGCUCUGCGGUGACUGAAAGCAGCAUCAGCAUAACGGAAGUCGACGCCCUUCUUACCGAGCUUGCCACGACAUGCGCGUUUUCUGCUUCCACCGUCCGCCAAUCCAGCACGAGCUCGCCUCCUGGUUCAAGAGAAUCCAUACUUCGUGCAUUGUACACAGCCGUGACCCCCGGAGAAGCAAGCGUCCUCACGCAGAUCAUUCUGAAGGAUCUUCGUCCGUUACUCUACCCGAUACCGGAAGACGCGGGCCAUUACACUGCAGCGCUUCUGCAUUACAACAGCAACUCCAUCACACAGCUGACGAAGUGGGACGGAAUGCAUGAAGCUGCAUUGGUGUACGAGCGUCGGGAGGAUGGAGGUGACCCCCCAAAACCCCAACCGGGAAUCCAGGUUCAAAUUCCGAAGUGUGUCAAAGGUCAGGGCUGUGCUCAGGCCCUCCAGCUCUUUAACGGCUCGGAGAAAAUUUGGGUCGAAACCAAGUACGACGGAGAGCGGGCACAGAUCCAUGUUGAGCUGGCAUCGGAGCUUGGUAGCCAGCCUACCAUCACAAUUUUCAGCAAAAGCGGGCGUGACUCGACGUUGGAUCGCUUUGCGAUUCAUUCGGUAAUCUCUGAGGCUCUCGAUCUCGGGAACAGGAAUUCUACAACACCACAAGGGAUAACGAACUCGGUGGCGGGGAAAAUAAAUAAAAAUGUUAUUCUCGAGGCUGAGAUGGUCGCAUUCUCGGACACACUGAACAAAAUUGAUGAAUUUUGGCGUAUUCGCAGUUUGGUCGCAAGUACCGCCUUGGGUGUCCGCCACACGGGCGCAACUAAAGCUCAUGUCGGAGAAGACGAGAUCCUCGAUUCGCAAUGUUCUAUGAUCUCAAACGCCUCUGAUGGCGGCACCCGACAUCUCGCCUUAGUAUUCUUUGACGUCCUAUUGCUCGAUGAUACCUCACUCUUGUCUGCGUCUUACUCCACACGCCGUGCUAUUCUAGAGUCUGUCGUCACGGAGAUUCCUGGAUACUCUAUGCUCGCCCAACGGACCCAUAUUGAUCCCUUGACGCAAGAUGCGGAUGCUCUGCUGCGAACAGUAUUCUCGAAAUUGAUUGCAGACCAUCAAGAAGGCAUCGUGCUAAAGGCAGACGAGGGGAGGUACAACGAGAGACGGUUUCCGUGGGUCAAGUUGAAGAAAGAUUACAUUCCGGGGUAUGGGGAUACGCUUGACCUCGUGCUAGUUGGGGCUGCCUGGGAGAAGGACCGUGCACGGGUGUUAUCAGUACCUCCAACUGUAUAUACCACGUUCUACCUUGGAGCACUGAGUAAUGGAGACAUCAUCAAGGGAGAUCUCGCAGUUCCACCCCACUUCGAAGUGUUCUUCACCGUGUGCUACGGGCUCACCAGGGAGAAGCUAGAAGAACUCAACUUCAUUAUCAAGAGCGCCGAUCCUGUUCCUUAUUCCUCACGAAACCCCAUGACCGGACUAUCCUACAAAUGUAACCUCUUUCCAGGACUGCCUCCGUCAGCCGUGCUACUACGCCAACCAGUACUCGCGGAAGUGUUUGGCGCGGGAUUCACGAAAGCACCACAGAACAAGUUCUAUGAACUCCGCUUCCCACGUAUCUCCAAGGUCUUCCGUCCGAGUGAACGUUCGUGGACAGAGGGUACAACCCUCGAAGAGUUUCAAAGCAUUGCGCGGGAAUCUGUCGGUCGCGAUCGACCGAACAAGGAUGUCGACGAUUGGUGUAAUGAACUGUGGGGAAAGCCUAGAUCUCCCGGAGUCGACUGUCCUAGGAAGCGAAAGAAUACAGAAGCUGCGUGGGAGAGCAAGCUUGCACUGGUCGACCAGAAGCAGAACCACAAGCGAGCACGAAAGAUAGAAAUACAUAGUCGAGCCCGGGCAGAUGACAGCCUUCCUCAUAGGCCUCGGAGGGUCAGAGAAACGGAGAAUGUGGGAAGUCCUGCGGCAGGACCUUCUGGAUGCUCGCCGACUCUGAGGGCUUUUGGCUCUGUCACCAACAUCGCGCGAGAUCCGGUAACGCAGAUACUUCUCGCUCCUUCGCCUGCAAACGUGCAGGACGAAGAGCCCAGUGCGGACAGAAGGCCUUCCACAUCGAGCGUGGCGGUGAAUAGUCCUGGGGCAUUGGAAUGUCCUCCGGCCACACCAAUUCUAGGACAUGCGGCUCCCCCGAAUUCUUGCAUGGACCACCCGCGGCUAUGGCAUUGUGCGGCACUGUCUUCCACCGAUGCAAGCGUAUUUGGCUGCAAACAGGGCAACCGUGGCUUCUCCACUCAGUUGAGUGCGCUUCUGGAAAAUGCUGUGAUUUGGCUCGCAAAACCUAGCAACUCCUCACGACCUUCGCAGAGGGCGCCUUCUCGUCUCGCUCUUCCUGAAGGGCAGCUUGUCCAUGGGCUCGAGUCGUUCCUUCAAGCGUGCGGAUGGAACACCGCGGAUAACAACACAUGUAACUGGGCUGAGCGAGGCAUCGUAUUCGUCGAAGAAGGCAUCAUUGAAACUCGUGCGGAAGACUGGAUGGAGUACCCGCUCAAGACGCUGCUGAGCCGGCGCGCAUUGCUGGUGUCGUUGGGCAUGGCUGCAAGGUGCAAGCCGGUGUGGGUCUUUGGCGUGGGGGUGCUAGACUCGCACAAGCUUCGAAAUCAGGAUCAGGAAGGAGAUCUAGAGAACCGUGCACUGUGUAAACUAGGCUGA